AUGGCCAUGGAAAUCGCACAAAUUUUAUCACUGGUCUUUGAGCAACAUGGCCAGUCGGCGAGCAUGAUCCCGCCGAUGUUGCUAUCGGCGGCGAUGGAGUUGCAGGAGCAUUUGGACCCUGUAACUCGUCAAUCCUUUCUAAGUGUGCCUGUAUGGCAAAACAUUGUCAUGGAUGAUCUGCGGAUUCACAAACAUCCUUUGUAUCAAAAGGCUGUCCUAUUCAUUACCUCUUCAAUGCCAUCGCCGUCAUCCCACCCUCCGGUACAACCCAACAAGGACAUCAUUGCAAAUGCACCGGCGGAACCUCGAGUGGGGCCAAAACCGACAUCAAGGCCAAUGCGCAUCCAGAAGAAGUCUUCAAAGGUGGUGGAGAGUUCUGACAGUGAUGCAAUCGAAAUCAUUGACCAUGUUGUUGCCACUGAUGCCAUACCGCCGCAUAUUCGCACAGACAAGGGACAACAAACUGUCCCACCGGGCAAUGGCGAUGAGAUCGCAGCGGUGGAGAUUACGAAAGGAAAUGCCAUUGUUGUUCAGCAGCGGCCAAUGCCGAAGAGGAAGCAGACGCAGCCUACUGGCGGACGCAACUCCAAGCUGGCUGUGAAGGAUCGAAAGGGUAAGGGCAAACAGGUCCAACCUCUGGUGGAUAAUGUGGAUGGCGAUGGUAGCGCACAGUCACAUAAGAAAUGA